AUGCCUCUCUCUCUCUCUCUCUCUCUCUCUCUGGCGCUGCCAUUUUCCCAAAAUUAAACCACUUUAAUUUAAUUCUCCGCACACUUCCGUCUCUUCUUCUUCACUAUAACUAGGGGUGAGUCAGCUGAGCACUAUCGACCUCUCAAGAGAGAGAGAGAGAGAGAGAAAGAGAGAGAGAAUAUAAUCGGCUUUUGUUGUUGUUUGAAUCGAGAACUCUGAGAAGAGUUGUGGUUCUGGAUUUUGAAAUCAAAUUGGAGUUGGAGAGAGAGAGAGAGAGAAUGGUGACUUGCGAUUCCUGCGACGAGCGGAUCGCGGUUCUGUAUUGCCGAGCGGACUCGGCCAGGCUCUGCCUGCUCUGCGACCGCGAUGUCCACUCCGCCAACGCUCUCUCCCGUAAGCACCUCCGCUCCCAGAUCUGCCACAACUGCGCCUCCGAGCCGGUGUCCGUCCGCUGCGACACCGACAACCUCCUCCUCUGCCACCGCUGCGACGCCGACGCUCACGCUGCCUCCUCCGUCUCGGCCUCCCACCACCGCCUCCCUCUCGACGCCUUCUCCGGUUGCCCCUCCCCGCACAAUCUCGCCGCCGCUUGGGGCUUCGAUUUGAAACUCCGUGAUAAUACCAAGCCUCAGAUUCAGUUACCUCUUCAAUCCAUCCCGACUUUGAGCUUCCAGGACGCGAACGCGAACGCGAACGCGAACUUUCCUUUCGAUUUGUGGAUGGAUUUUACGGUGCCUAGUCAGAACGCCGAGGUUGCGAAGAGACAGACUCCGAGCUAUGGGAAGCAAAAGCAAGUGAUAUUCAAGCAGCUGAUGGAGCUGUUCAGGAAGGAGUCAAUCGGCGUGGACGGAAAUGGCGAAGAGAAUUUGGUUCCGAGUACGCCGAUUCAGAGUGCUUGGCAGGGAAAUGUGGAACCGGCGAGGUGUGAUGGGGUUUCGGAUGCUGUGAAUCAAUUAUUGCAACAAUUACAGCAGCAGCAGCAACAACAAGAAGAACAGCAAGAAGAAGCUCCUUUCACUUCUCUGCUUAUGAUGCAGCCAAAUUCUGAUCUGAAGGAUAACCAUCGAAUUACCGAAAGGAACAGUUUUUGGGGUAUUGAUUCCAACCGCCAGGGCGCUCAGAUUUGGGAUUUCAACUUAGGGCAGUUGAAGCGUCUUGAAGAUUCCAAUCUAUUGGAAGUGGAUUAUGCUGCAAAUGAUUUAGGAGGAUUUAUGAUGAAAAGUUAUGGUGAACUACAGAAAGAAGCAUCCUUGGAAACUGUUAAGGGUUUGGGAGAAAUCUAUGGGGUGAAUUUCUCUAUGACUCGUGAGGAUGCUGCAGCAUUCAAUAAUAACCCAAAUAAUGCCACAGCAAGUCAGGGCCCUGCAACAUCAGAGAGCAACAAUCUACCUAUAGCAAGACCAUCAUCAGGUUCAGCUUUUGAUAGAUCAAAAUGCUAUAGUGUGUCGCAAGAUAUCGAAUUUACACAACACACUGUUCUGGUGGGAGGUGAGACCAGAAGAACAGCCUCAGUAGCGAAGGCUGAUACGGAGGUGCUUGCAAGAAACAGAGGUAAUGCCAUGAUGCGCUACAAAGAAAAGAAGAAGACCCGGAGAUAUGAUAAGCACAUUCGAUAUGAGUCAAGGAAAGCAAGAGCAGACACCAGGAAGCGAGUAAAGGGUCGAUUUGUGAAGGCUACUGAAGCUCCAGAUAGUUGAAUCCCUCAUAAAUGCCUUAUAAAUGACUUUUUCAAUUAGGAAAUUUGUUCCUCCUUACCUAUCUUCCUGUAUAUAUUCCUAUCUUCUCUCACCUAAAAUGUAAAAUUGAAUAGCCUUCUGUUUGUAGUGAUUAGCAAUAACUUCAAUGGUAUACCUUCUCUCCGCAA